AUGUCUUGCGGUGAACGAGGUUUGGAUAUGGCUGUUGUCCCUGCAGGCUACAGGUUUAGCCCCAGUGAUAAAGAUCUUGAAAAUUUUGGGUCAAAACUUCCCGUUAACGUUAUUCCACUGAUGCUUAUGCAUCAAGCCCAGAUAAACUCCCUUUGGGAUGAUGAUGAUGAUACCAUCCUAGUAGAUGGUGGUUGCUAUGAAAUUGACCCCGACAGUGUAGCUCCGAUCACAUGGGAGGGUAAAAUUGUUGGUUAUGUGAAGACGUUGGAUUUCUAUCAAGGAAGCCCUCCUAAUGGAACUGAAACCAAAUGGAUGGUAGAAGAAUUUGGAGUCAAUCUGGAGUUUGUACCGGUUGACAAAGCUGACCAUAGCACUCAAGAGAAGGUAAUUGAAUUCACUUGUUUAAUGUAUGGCAAUGUGUUGCAUUUGACAUCAAACCUUGUUGCAUGCAAAAUUUCUCGAGUGUUACCUGAACCUGAAUGGCAUGAUCAAGUCAAUUAA